UACAGAUAGCAGCAGAGAGAAACUGGGAAGGUUAAUGAAGUAUGUGCUGUUAAAUUGGGAAAGAGACCAGAGUUCAUCUAGAAAUGUGUCAUUUUAAGAAGAUGUUAUUUUAACUUUUUGGAUUUAUUUUGUCCAUUAACGUGAUUUCUCUUUUUUUUUACCAGAUAUUUUUGCUUUCUGGUUUUCAUCAAUUUAUCUCGUCAGUGCUUCCCCACCUAAAAGUUAGAUUUGUAGAGUGUGUGUGAGUGUGUGUUUUCAUGCUGUUAGUGUGUGAUAUAACAUAGUAAGUUAUGGAACUGGAGCGUUUAGGUGGCGGUGGGGUUAAACCCGAGAGGGGCAACAGUCGUCUCUACAGGAUAGCACUGGCCAUGUGUGUGUGUCUCUGUGCCGCUCUGCUGCUUGCACUCAUACUGGUCUCUCAGAAAUCUAGUCAGGAAGAGUUCUGUCUGACCCCAGAAUGCAUUGAAGCAGCGGGGUCUGUUUUAAGUAAAAUAGAUCGGUCCGUUAACCCUUGCGAUGACUUCUAUAGUUUCUCCUGUGGCGGUUGGUUAAAGGAGAACCCCAUCCCUGAAGAUUCCUCCUCGUAUGGCAUCUACCCCUGGCUGCGGCAGCAUGUAGACAUUCAACUCAAAGAGUUACUAGAAGCUCCUUCAGACCCUGAUGAACUGGAGGCAGUGACCAAGGCUAAGAUCCUCUACCGCUCCUGUAUGAAUGAAACUAUACUGGAGCAGCUGGACACCAAACCCAUGUUGAAAACACUUAAACAGCCUGAAUUUCGAUGGCCUGUGGUGGGCGAUGGGCUCGGAGGGGAGUAUCGGUGGUCGGCGGGGGAGUGGAGUCUCCUGAAGACUCUGGCAGAGAUGAGGAACCAGCACAGCAAGAGCGUCCUGAUACGCAUGUACGUCUCCCCCGAUGACAAAAACUCCCUACACUACAUCAUCAAGCUCGAUCAGACGUCCUUGUCUCUGGCCUCCAGGGAAGACUACAUCACCAACACUUCCUCUGCCCGGGCGUAUCGUGCAGCCUUGCUGAGUUUGAUGGUAGACACUGCCGUCAUGCUGGGCGCUCCAGAGAAAGCAGCACUGACCCAGAUGGAAAAGGCUCUUGCCUUCGAGACCAAACUGGCUCAUAUCCUGAUUCCCUAUGAAAACCGCACCAGUGAGAACAUGUACAACAAACUCUCACUCUCUCGCCUGCAGCGCACCAUACCACAGUUUGAUUGGCUGGGUUUUGUAAAAACUGUGGUGGAGUCUAAAGUCGACCCGGUUCGGUCCAUCUCCCCCUCUGAGCCUGUCAUCGUCCGAGCGCCGCAGUACUUCAAGGAACUUUUCAAGCUCAUUAACGCCACAGAUCCCAGGACUGUAGCUAACUACAUACAAUGGAGAACAGUUUUUUCCAGGAUCACCACUCUGAGCCGUCGUUUCCUGUACAGAUACCUGGACUAUGCUCGGGUAACCACGGGAACCACCUCUCUGACCCCGCGCUGGGAUAAGUGUGUUAACUACGUCGAGAACUCGCUUGUUUAUGCCACUGGGCGCCUCUUUGUCAACACACACUUCCAGGAGGACAAGAAACACAUGAUGGAGGAGCUGAUCAAGGGCAUACGCUGGGCGUUCAUCGACAUACUGGAGAAGGAGAACGUCUGGAUGGAUCACACGACGAAGGAUAAAGCCAUAGACAAGGCUCACGCGGUCCUGGCUAAAGUUGGCUACCCCGAGUUUAUUCUGAACGACACCUACCUCAAUGAAGACUUAAAGACGCUGGGCUUCAGUGAGAACGACUACUAUGGAAAUGUGAUGCAGACGUUGAAGUUAAUCGCCCAAUCUGAUAUUGUCUGGCUCCGAAAAACAGUCCCACGAACAGAGUGGUUUACAAACCCAACAACGGUGAACGCCUUCUAUAGUUCCUCCACAAAUCAAAUCAGAUUUCCUGCUGGAGAGCUACAAAAACCCUUCUUUUGGGGGAGAGAGUAUCCAAGAUCUUUAAGCUACGGUGCCAUCGGGGUGAUAGUAGGACAUGAGCUAACGCAUGGCUUUGACAAUAACGGUCGGAAGUAUGACAAAAACGGCAACCUUGACCAUUGGUGGAGCAACUCGUCUGAAACGGCCUUCAACGAGAAGACCCAGUGUAUGAUUGAGCAGUAUAAUGGCUACCACUGGUUGGAGGCAGGCCUAAAUGUGCGGGGCAAGAGGACUCUGGCAGAAAACAUAGCAGACAAUGGAGGAAUAAGAGAGUCUUUUAGGGCGUACAGGCGGUGGGUAGAUGAGAGCAGAGGUGGUGUGGAGGAGCCUCUGCUGCCUGGAGUCGGACUGAACAACAACCAACUGUUCUUCCUGAGCUACGCACAUGUGAGAUGUAACUCAUACAGGCCAGAAGCAGCCAGGGACCAGAUCCAGAGUGGAGCUCACAGUCCACCAAAAUACAGAGUUAUCGGCGCGAUGAGCAACUAUGAAGAGUUUCAGAAAGCGUUCAGCUGCCCCGAGUCAUCGGUCAUGAACCGAGCUGCGCAGUCCUGUCGGGUGUGGUGACCUUUGACCUAAGCUUGACCCUGAACCAGGCCAGGAGCUAUCAGCAGGACAUCUGUUGAACAGGUUGAUGGACAUGCAGUAGUUUACAUGCUGUGGGAGGGUUGCAAAAAGGAAGUAGACUUCACAGAAGAAACUACCAUGUUAGGGAAAGAGUGGAAAAUGGUAGACUGUGGCCAUUAAUAAUGGGCUACUGUAUAUUGUUACUGCACCAAAAAUGUAACCUUUUUCACGGGUACAUUCAUGCAUGUGUUGCAGUUACUGCUUAAAUUAUGACUGAAGUCAUUUGUUAUGGACCAUAGAUUAUGGAUUAUAGAAAUGUUGGAAAAAAGAGGCUGUCCCCUUUUUACAACGGCAGAACCUCCUUACACUGUAAGUGUGACUUGACAAAGAUUGAACCUUUCUUAUGGGAAUACAAAUGUAUAUAUUAAAGUAAAGGCACAAUGGAACCUAUGUAUAUGUCAAAUGUUAUUGUAACUGUGUUAAGCAGAAAUAUAUCAGGUCAAUAUCUGCAUAUAUUCAUUACCAUAAAUCCCCCAAGAUGAAUGUAUGUUUGAACAUAAAUAUGAGCAGGACAGUCCCAUUUUAAAAGUCUUAAAAAUCUUCUUUUUGGAAUAAAAGACCUGCAAUUUUGGUGUGUGUGUGUGUGUGUGUGUGUGUGUGUGUGUGUGUGUGUGUGUGUGUGUGUGUGUGUGUGUGUGUGUGUGUGUGUGUGUGUGUGUGUGUGUGUGUGCGCUCUCCUUUGAUAUGUCUCAGUCCGGCCUUGGUUUCUGUACCGCGUUGUUUCAAUCUCGGUCUUUUGUCAGACAUUUAUUGUCAUUGUGCUGCGGUUCAGCCCGAGGCAAAUGAACUCAACAGAAUUACAAGCACUCAAACUACAAGAUGUGCUCUCUCCAUUUGUCUUUCUGUUACUGAACUGAGGUGCACUCACACAUCAGCUUGUUUGUAGUAUUUGACGUUGCUCUCUGGAAGGUAUUUUCACAGAGUUAGUUAGAAAAUGUGAAGGACAUGCAGUGUCUUCUGAAAUAUUGUUCAUCAGGAGUAAUCAUUAAAAUACACGAUUUGUUUCAUAAUUGUCACCAGAAAAUUGUAUCUGUUUCUCUUUUUAUUUCACAUUUACCAGACUUAUUUUUGAAACGCGCUCAUAGUUUGGACACUGACUGAUCGGGCUGCACCUAACAGUUACUUUCAUUAUCGAUUGAUCUGUCAAUUACUGAAACAAUAUUUUUUGUCUAAAAAAAGGCACAUCAUAAUUUCCCAGAGAUCCAUUGUGAUGUCUUAAAGUGUCCCGAUAUUCAUAGAUAUUCAGUUUGAAAACAUACAGAACAGUGAAAAAGCAGACAUUUUUACGCAUUUCAACGACUAAUUGAAAUUCAUUUUUGUCAUGUGACUAAUCAAUUUAACAUUUCAGCCCUACAAAAUGGCAUCACUCUAAUCAAAGUGAAGGUUUGUUUUAAUAAUACUCUGAGACAUUACGCUGUUCCUUCACAUUGUAACUCUGCUGUGAUUGAUAAGGUGAUUUAGAAAAUGUGUGUGUUAGGAAGAGAAUCGAAGUGAGUUGGCAGACAGUGGAGGGAGAGUGCUGAUGGAUGGAGGACAAAAGACGUAAAGAGAUUGGGAUUGCAACUGAAUGCAUGUCCAUUUAUUGAUUUUCCUUUAGACCUGCUAUUACCCACAUCAUAUCUCAUUAUUUUAUUUCAGCAGUUCCCAUGGCAACUUGAACCUGUCACUGUGUGUAUGUAUUUGUGUCUUUCAGUGUGUCUUACAUUGCCUGGCAGGGGGGUAACAUUAAUGUCUUGUAUCUGUGGCAACACCAGUGGCAGUCUCAUCAAUACACACCAAUUAGAAAAACA